UUCAUGUCCAUUUGACGGAGUUCUCCAAUCGACCUGUUAAAUUAUAAACUCCUGGAAAAUAUCCAACAGCUAUGGGCAACGAGGAAAUCUCCGACUUCGAGAAACAGCGUCUCGCCAACAUCGCCGAACGCGAUGCGCUGCUUAAGAAACUCUCGCUAGAGGCGAAAUCCGCCGGCGUCUUCCCGCCGAAGAUGUCCAAGGGCUCGUCCGGCGGAGACCAAAACAAGGCGAAAAAGAAGGCCCCCGCCAAGAAGGUGAAGCAGGAGCCGGAGCCGGCGCUGCCCCGGCGCAUGUCCUCGCGGAUCAGGGGCAUUGCGGCGGAGAGCGAGGUUGCGAAGCGCAAGGCCGAAGAGCAGUACGAAGCUGCGCAGGAGGUGGAGCGGGCGAAGCGACUGCGGAAAUCGGAUUCGUUCUCGUUCAAUGAGAUGCUGGUGUCUGGACAAAAGCUUAGCGGCGAUGGGUUGAUCGGCGUGGACGUGGUCACGAAGGGCGUGGCCAUGCCGUAUCAACGGACCUUUGAUGAUGAGGACAUCAAGAAGACAACGGAUAAGGAUCUCAAGGCAUUGAGGGAGGAGAUGAGUGGGUUGAAUCUGUGGGAGGCGUGGGAGCCCAGUAGAAUCAAAAUCACCCCCGAACGAGUCUACGCCAUGACUCUUCAUCCCUCCGAGGCGAAACCCCUCGUCUUCGCCGGUGACAAGAUGGGCCAUCUCGGUGUGCUAGACGCAUCGCAGGAAAAGCCCACAUCCGCCGUCAAACACGAAGACGACGACGACGACGACGACGACGACGACGACGACCCUGACCCCGUCCUGACCACUCUCAAACCCCACACGCGCACCAUCAGCUCGAUGACCAUCCACCCAUCCAAGCCCACGCACCUCUACACCGCCAGCUACGACAGCUCCAUCCGCGAAAUGGACCUCGAAAAGACGACCUCCGUCGAGCGCUACGCCCCGGAGUCCACGUCCACAGACGUCCCCAUCUCCGGCAUCGACAUGGCCGCCGAUGACCCGAACGUGCUCUACUGGACGACCCUGGAGGGCGAAUUCGGACGGCACGACAUGCGCGCAUCCUCCAAGCGCAACGCCGUCGCGACAUGGCGUCUGUCUGAGAAGAAAAUCGGCGGCUUCUCCCUCUGCCCGACGCAGCCGCACUUUAUCGCAACCGCCAGUCUCGACCGCACCAUGCGCCUGUGGGACAUUCGCAAACUCUCGCAUGACGACCCCGUGCCUGUCGGCGAGCACCAGAGUCGCCUGUCCGUCUCGCAUGCCGCCUUCAACAGCAUCGGCCAGAUCGCGACCUCCUCGUACGAUGAUACCCUGAAGAUCUACGACUUCGGCGCCAAGGGCCUCCCCUCGUGGGAACCCGGCCACACCCUCCCCGAGAAUCAGAUGAAGCCGGACACCGUCGUGCGGCAUAACUGCCAGACGGGCCGAUGGGUGACUAUCCUGCGCCCCCAAUGGCAACAGAACCCGCAGUCCGCCAUCCAGCGAUUCUGCAUCGGCAACAUGAACCGAUUCGUCGACAUCUACAGCGGCUCGGGCGACCAGCUUGCCCAGCUCGGGGGCGACGGCAUCACGGCGGUGCCUGCCGUGGCGGUCUUCCACCGCAGUAAGAACUGGGUUGCGGCCGGCACGGCCAGUGGGAAGGUCUGUUUGUGGAUGUGAGAGAUGGUAGGUAGGUCUGUGUUUUGGAUCUUGGUUACUAUCACCUCCCUCUGUUGGAAACCUGAGGAUCUCGCUAUUCAUAUGCCGGUCUUUCUUCGGCCCUCAUCAUUUGUUAUCAUAGCAUAUAGAGUAAG